AUGAGGAGCCUCGCGAAGGAGUAUGCCAUCCUGAACGUUAAGUCCCUCGUCUUCGUGCACUUCUUUUCGGGGUACCCCAGGCACGGUGACCUGCAUGCCCUCCUCGAACAUCGUCAAGUCUCCCCUGGCGUUGAAGUCUUCGUCGUCUCCGUCGACAUGUGUAUCCAGCAUGAGCAGGGCAAUCUCAUCGCCCCCGCUGCGCAUGCCUUUUGGGAGAAGCGCAUUGGUUCCGGUCAGGUGAUCGGGGCCGGUGGAGGCCCCCCCUGUGAGACCUUUUCAGCAGCAAGGUUUCAGGAUGAUGGGCCGAGGCCGCUGCGGAGCGCAUCCUCUUUCCUUGGGGGCGACCAGACCUACGACUUGGAGAAUGGACGCACGUGCUGGUCGGCACCCGCUUGCUCCAGUUCAUUUUUGACAUGCUGCUGCUACUCGCCAGUGGAUUUUGUGAGCACGCGCUAUCCCGUGUGGUUGCUUUCGCGAGAGCCCGCAAGCAUCUGGUCACUUCAUGCUGUCCGAGCACUACGGUUGCUAAGGUGCGUGGGCAUCACAUCGUCGUUCGACCAAUGUGAGCUCGGCGCGGAAGCGGUCAAGCCGACCAAGAUCCUGCAUUUGCGGCUCCCUACGCUGCGAAGCCUCCUGCAGCGCCGUGGUCACGCUGGUAGGUGUUCACAUGGCCGCGGAGCUCACCAGCAGCUCAAGGGCAUCAAGAGGAUGGCGCAUUUCGCACGGCCAAGUGCAAAAUUUAUCCUCAGGGGCUCAAUUACCGCGUCCCUGAGGACCUUUUGCCCUUUGCUUGCUCGAAUUUUGUGGGCACCGAUCGAGUCCAACCGGACUUUCAUGGUGCUGCUGUACAGAGGUGAGCAAAGGGGUUUCACAUCGCAUUUCCAGCGAUUUUGCAAGACGCCAAGUGCAGACGUGCACAGUAUAGAGAGCGUGGAGACAGCAAAAGACAAACUCAGCAACACACUUCUGGCGGCAAAGGCAGGGGUGGUAGCUCUGGCCAGGUAA